CCAAGAUGGCGAAGGCGAGCGGGCCGAGGAACAGAAAUCACUUCGGUUACAACUCCAAAAGCCGACUCGAAGACGAAGGGUUUAAAGACAUGGAAGAUGGCCCGAUCAUUCGCCGCAGUCAGAGGCCUCCUCCAGCGCAGCCAAGAGACCAGCUGGACGGGUUUAACAUCAAGACCAUUACCCCAGAGUCCUAUCAGACCGACAGCAUCAGUCCUUCACAAGAUGAAGGGAUUGGGGAGCCUGCUGCGGAGGAAAGGCCGGGGCCCGUCCAGAUCGUCCGAGCCAGCGAGAGCAAGUGCAUCUUUGAGCUGGACGCUGCUGCGCUCGAGAAGAUCCUGCUGCAAGACCAUGUGAAGGACCUGAACGUGGUGGUCGUGUCUGUGGCUGGAGCUUUUCGGAAGGGCAAGUCCUUCCUGCUGGAUUUCAUGCUGCGCUACAUGUACAAUCAGACACCAAUCUCAUCCACGCACAGCGACACGUGGAUAGGAGGAGACCAUGAGCCCCUGAUUGGGUUCAAAUGGAGGGGAGGCUGCGAGAGGGAGACCACAGGAAUUCAGGUGUGGAGUGAUGUGUUUGUGGUGGAUAAGCCUGAUGGCAACAAGGUCGCUGUACUCCUCGUUGACACUCAGGGAGCAUUUGACAGCCAGUCCACCAUAAAGGACUCUGCUACUGUGUUCGCUCUCAGCACCAUGACCAGCUCUGUCCAGGUGUACAACCUGUCCCAUAACAUCCAGGAAGACGAUCUGCAGCAUCUGCAGCUCUUCACUGAAUACGGACGACUGGCAAUGGAAGAAACUGAAUCGAAACCUUUCCAGUCCUUAAUGUUCUUGAUUCGGGAUUGGAGUUCUCCGUAUGAAUACGUUUAUGGACUGAAAGGAGGACAGGCUUUUCUACAAAAAAGACUGCAGGUUAAAAACUGCCAACACGAGGAGCUGCAGAACGUCAGGAAGCACAUCGACUCCUGCUUCAGCAAGAUCAGCUGCUUCCUGCUGCCACAUCCAGGCCUCAAGGUGGCCACCAACCCAAAGUUUGAUGGGAGGCUAAAAGACAUCGAAGACGACUUCAAGACGCAGCUGGCUGAGCUGAUGCCCGUGCUGCUGGCCCCAGAUCAGCUGGUGGAGAAGCAGAUUGGUGGAUGCAAAAUCACCUGCAGGGAUCUGGUGGAGUACUUCAAGGCCUACAUAAAGAUUUACCAAGGUGACGAGCUUCCUCAUCCAAAGUCCAUGCUGCAGGCUACAGCAGAGGCCAAUAAUCUGACUGCUGUGGCUGGAGCCAAAGACUUAUACAGCAAGAGCAUGGAGAAGGUUUGCGGAGGGGACCGGCCCUACAUGGCCCCGGCCGACCUGGAGAGCUGCCACGAAGCUUUCUCCAAAGACUCUGUCACGUUUUUCCGCUCCAUAAAGAAAAUGGGCGGCGAGGAGUUCUGCCAGCGCUACCAGGACCGCCUGGAGUCGGAGCUGAAGGAGGCCUACACCAACUUCUCCAAGCACAACGAGGGCAAAAACAUCUUCUAUGCAGCCCGCACGCCCGCCACGCUCUUCGUGGUCAUGUUUUUCACCUACGUGUUGUCGGGGGUGACCGGCUUCAUCGGCCUGAGCGUCUUCGCGGCGCUGGCCAACAUGGUCCUGGGCGUGGCGCUGCUGCUCCUCUGCAUCUGGGCGUACGUGAAGUAUUCGGGAGAAUUUCGGGAGGCGGGAAUAUUGAUAGACCAGUUGGCCGAAGCGCUCUGGGAACAGGUUUUGAAGCCACUUGUUGAAAAUUACAUGGAGGACAAUGUCCGACAGACGGUCUUCAACUCCAUCAGAGCCAGUUUGACAGAACAGGGCUCCCAGCCCACCAGGUUAAAGACUGACUGACUGCUUUCCCUCUCCGUCUCCCCCAUCAUCGUCGUCAUCGUCCUGUUCCUCCCACCGCCGUCUGUCCACUGCUAGACCUGUGGGACUAGUUCAACACCAAAGCUGACCCUCUUUCUACGUUUUGUUUUUGUCGGCGCCCCGUCUCUCUGUUUUGUAGCCUUGCAGUGUGACCUGCUCUUCAUCGCCCCUUAGUGCCUCACUCAACAUGCUGCACAAUCAACGGAGCGAGCAGAGCGUCAUCUGCCGUGCUACGUUUUUUUUUUGUUGUUGUUGUUGUUAUUCGCUGGAGUCGGACUGCACUCAGUUCAAGAUGAAGGAAACUGACACAGCUGUGGGCAGCUGCUAUCGAUGGAUGCACCGCCCUUCAAAGUGCGCCUUUUCUUUUCUGUUUCCCUGACAUCUUCUCAGCUCUGCUGACUCAUCCGCUCAGAAAACCAAUAACGGGUCGAUUCCUUGAAUUCUGUCGAAACGAAAAACACAAGCUACGGAAAUAAAGCAAAGCUGUAUUUCUUUCCAAACACUAGGAGGUGACGUUUUUAAUGAUCAAACUCUCUGGAGUCAGGCUGCCUUCACCUUUCCCUGUGUCCCUUUAAUACUUCUUAUAGAUAACUGAAGAGCUGCAGGUAGCACCAAGUGUUUCCCUACUGUUGUUUCUUUAAGGGGGUCUGUUGUUUUUUGAUUGUUUUUAGAUAGCAAAGUGUGCUUUGAAGCAGCCUCAUAGCAGAUGUGCCAGUAUUGAGCUCUGUGCAUGCUGUAAAGAGCUUUUAGAGCCCAGCUAUAGACGAGAGGUUCAUUUUUAAGCAGUGUUGUUGUUGUUUUUCUCAUCCAUGCCUUCCAUUAAAGCUGCACCAACACACACUGGUUGCAGCCUCAGAAGCUGCGGGAGGUCCAGCUCGGACGGUCGGUCUCAUUCACGGUUUGAUUUGAUGUUUUGUGAAGUUAGUUUUUCAUCGUUUUGAAUUUUUUUGAAUUGCUCCUUUUUAAAAAAAAAAAUGAGCUGAACUUGAAUCUCUUGCCGGAUGUUUCUCGGCCGGGGCUGGAACCUCCCAGAAGUAGAAUGAAAUGGAUUUUAAUGCACAACGCGAACCUCCCUGAGGAACUCUACCAUGUUUUCCGUUUCUUUUAGCCUUUCACACCAACAGCUGUGUCUUUUACACCGAUUCCAUCCUCACCUCGAUCAGCAGUCUCGUAAUGUACAGUUUCUCUUUUUCUGCGCUCGUAUAUUAAAUCAGGCAUGUAUGUUGAUUAUUUAAAUAAACAAUGUACACAUUUUUAUAGAUGAUCAGUUUUCCAUGGCUGUUUUCUUCCAGUCUGGUCUGGUAAAGGAGAAGCUCCUGCUGUAGGUUUCCAUUAGCUGCUCAUGGUCACCAGGACGGACUGGACGGCUGCAUGUUGUGGAUAUUUGUAUCCAGACUGGACCGUUUGCUGGGCCGGAGACAUUAGCCUGACUUUUAAAGAGAUCUCUGGUAAUUUAUUUUUGUUUAAAAUGUUCAUUUUAAGAAUAAAUCAUACACACAGUC